AUGGGUCUUCUGAGCUUCUUGACGAGCAGGAGAAUCGGGGGUGACCGAGCCCAGGAAUCGUCUCUUAAAUAUCAGGCGUACGAUGGAACCGUUGCCUCGCACCUGCCGAUUCGCGGCAAGCAUGCCGUGUGUGGAAAUGGACCGGUGUCGCUGGAACAGCUGCGGCGAGCGGCGGCGAGAAAAACGAGCCAGCCUCAGCUAUCGGUACCGGCGAAGCCAUUCCUCGUCGGCCUUAACCAACGACCGAGCAGCGCGCCCAACGACGAUUUUGCCGGUCCGGGAGGCCGGCCGAGAGCGGAUACGACGAUUGGGUUUCACCAGCUCGCCCUCAUGGACCACGGCCGCGGCCGACGUCUCCAUCGCUUCGACGUCGACAACGACACCGAGUCGCUCGCGCCCUCGAUCCCCUCCAGCGUGACCUACACCAGCGGGGACGGUGACAGUUCAGCGGCCCGCCUGACGCGCCACAUCGACAUCCUCGACGCCCAGGGAGGGAUCAAGCCGUGCGACUUCAAGACGAGAAUCCACGCCGCCGGCGCGAGGGAUUACGGCGAGGACGUUGCCGACAGGAACAUGGAGCCGAACGGAGUCGACCGUCCGAUGGCCACGGCCCAGGCCUACUGCGCCGAAAACAGGAGCUGGGCGAUGACGGCGUCGUCAAUCAUCUCCGAGGUUGGGGGUAAGGGUCCGACGGCGGCGGGGAGUGACUUGAACCGAGCCAGCUCCGGGUUUGCUGCCAGCCAAGACGAGUUCGGAGCCACCGACGCGCCGUGGGGGACUCGGGUCCGGCAAGUCCCGAGCGUCAACUCGACCAUGCUGCUCUCAAAUCCGACAACCAUCACCUCGCGCUCCUCGUCGCGGAGUUCCCGGCAGCAUCCAGAUGCGGGCACCAAUUGGCGAAAGGGCGCGGCACAGAUCUCGUCGCACGAGCCGGCGUGGUCGUCGCGAGGUCGCAUCUCGGCCGGGCGACGACAAGCAGAGAGGAGUCGAGAUGCAAGCCCCGACGAGUCGAUAUGCGAACGCAGCGACGGAGCCGCCUCUCCUCCCCCCAUACCGCGAUACCGACCUCAGAGCACGAUGAGCAUUGCCGCCGAGCACUCCCAACUCUACUACGGGCCGGCCUCCUCCCAGCUGAGGCGACAAUCGACAGCCUCUGCCGCCAACAGGGCAUCCGCGACCGCCAAGAGCGCGACGCGUCGCGACAGGCAAAUCAACCUGUAUGCCCUCCACUCCAACAAUUCUCUCGUCGGUCGGAGGCGAAGCCGGCUGGGGGAGCUGGACACGGGCGGAGAAUGCGACGACGAUUGCUGGCCCGAAGACUCCGCGUCGGCAUGCCAUGUCUCCAUGUCCCGGAGCCGCACCUGGUCCCAGAAGCAUCGCCGUUCCCAGUGGAACAGCCCCUGGGCCAGUGGGGACACCGUCACGCCGUCCGAAGCCGACGACUCCGCCUGCAACCCCGUGACGGCCAUGGAUUCGGUCGAUCGAUCCUGGAGCUGCGCUUCCGCCAACGGCGCCACCCUCGACGACUCGGCGGGUUGUGCGGGAUCAUCUCGGAGACACGGGUCCAUGUCCUCGGCCACUGCCACGACCGAACUCUCGGGCUACUCGAGCAACGCGGCGGCGCGGCCGCACAGCAUCCGUACGGCCAACACAUCCAUCGACUUUGCAAUGCCGACAGGGACCAUCAAGGACGGCGGAAUGACGAUGCCGGUCAGCAGCAACAGCAGCAGCCGCCAUGGCGACGGCGAAGGCCCGGCCAGUGCAGCCGACGUCACGGCGCAGGAGGAGGAAGACCUGCUCAGCGAAGGCACGACCGGCUCACGGCCGGUGUCGAGAGGUGCGUUUGGCAGGGACCAGACAAACGAAGAGUGCGACAGCGGCAGUUCAGACGACUCUGACGUCGAUUCCUUUGUGGAAAAGCGCCAGACGAUGCUGAGGGCCCCGCUGCGGAGCGAUGGCGGCGAUGCGGAGCGGUGCUUUGAGGAAAAUCGCUUCGGCGACUUCGGGAAAGAUCUUCCCGGACUUCACAAGGGCGCGGGCAACAAGCCGUGCCUCAUGUGCUCCCUACUGCAGUGCGCAUCGAUCGACCCUCCAUUUGACGCAAAAACAGGCACGUGGGCGGAGAAGCCUCGGUGCGACCACAAGGGUCGCAUCACCCAGCGAGACCGGCUGAGGGCGCUCGGGUACGAGUAUGACACCGACGACGACGCAGACGGCAUCUCCGAGUCUGAACCGGAACGCAUCCCGCGCGGACGGAUACCGACGAAGCGGACAGCGGUGGCGAGCUCGUGCGGACGAUACUACGGCGCUGCGGACGCAUGCGAGCCCAUCGACGAGGUCGCCGAGACCGGGCCGGGCCGGAGCAGAGUGCCGAGGCGGUGGCGGGAACGAAGGAUGAGCAAAGCCCGGUUCGCGUCGACGCGUAGACUUGUAAUCGAGCCGGUGCCAGAGGAUGUCGAGGAGGGACACGCCGGGGAAGCGGAAUGA